CUCGUUGAUAAGCGAUAAACCUCGACCUGACGUCGUCCGGAUACAAUACACCGUAACAAUAUUAUAUAGAUAUAUUGUAUGCGAGUAGAGACAGCAGUAGCACACAUCGGACAGUGUUUGUUUUUAUUAUAAACCUCGCUGAGCAAACACUGAAGUCACGGUGCGAUAAGACGACGACGCCCGUAUAAAAGCAUCUGGCGAAGACGAUGAAGUCUCGUCAAAACCCAUAGUGCGAUCCACCAGCACCGAGUGUCGCCGUCUGUUCAACCGAAAAUUCGUGAAAUCGACUAGACGCAGUAACGUUAUCACUUGUAUUAUAUGUCACCGCGUGUCGUCGUACAGAAAUAAUUACUAUUAUUUUCUGAGGCCGCUUAGCAAUGAUCGGACAACCGUGGUUUGUCGUUGCGUACGUCUGUCUAACGACGGUGGCGAUCUGCUGCUCGACGUCGUCGUCGUCGUCACCGCUACCGCCAAGAGUACGCGUCGAGUCCGGCGAACUUUCCGGCGGCAUAGACCACACGAUCGUAACCGGCCGACCGUUGUACGCAUUCUUAGGCGUGCCGUACGCCAGUCCGCCAGUCUACAAAAACCGUUUCAAGGAACCACAACCAGUAAAACCAUGGCUGGGCGUGUGGAACGCUACAAUGCCCAGCAGUAGUUGUAUUGGAUUAGACCAUUCAACAUUUAAAGUAGUCGGAAGUGAAGAUUGCCUAUACCUCAAUAUUUAUACUCCAAAACUACCCCAAGAAGGGUUGAUAUCCGGCGGCCUGAUGAACGUGAUCGUGUACAUCCACGGCGGCGCGUUCCAAUUCGGCGCAGGUGUCGGCUAUGGUCCCCACUACCUUUUGGACAGCGAAGAUUUCGUUUACGUAUCCAUCAACUACCGGCUAGGACCUAUGGGAUUCGCGAGCACCGGCGAUGAUGUAUUGCCAGGAAACAACGGCCUCAAGGAUCAAGUGGCCGCCCUUAAGUGGAUCCAGCGCAACAUCGCCGCGUUUGGUGGCAACCCCGGUGCAGUGACCAUCGCCGGCAUGUCGGCCGGCGGGGCUAGUGUCCAUUACCACGUCUUGUCACCCAUGUCACAGGGGUUAUUUAAUCGAGGAAUUGCUGAAAGUGGAAGUGCUUUUUGUGGUUGGGCUAACACAGAAAAUACUAUUCAAAAAACUAAGGAAUUAGCUGAGUCACUAGGAUGUCCUACAUACUACUCGAAGGACACUAUAAAAUGCCUUAGAUCAAGACCAGCAUUAGCCAUAGCAAACUCUUUGAAAAAUUUCUUACCGUGGAAAUACAAUCCUUUUACACCAUUUGGACCAACUGUUGAAACAAUCGGAACAGAACGGUUUUUGACGGACUUACCAGAGAACUUACCGGCUCAAGAUGUCCCACUAUUGCUUAGCUUUACUCAAGACGAUGGCCUCUAUCCAGCCGCUGAAUUUGUAACACUUGAAGAAACUCUAGUUGACAUGGAAUCCAAAUGGAACGAAAUACUACCAUUCGUACUAGACUACAAUAACACAAUUUCAGAUGAAUCUCUAAGACUGGAAAUCGCACAGAAAAUAAAAACAUUUUAUUUUGGAAACAAUACAGUAUCUGCAAACACUAAAAAUGAAGUCGUCGAAAUGCUUUCAGACAGGCUGUUCAAAGAACCAGUGGCUAGAGCAGCCAAGCAUUUGGCUUCAAUAAAUACAUCGCCAGUUUACUUUUAUGAAUUUGGGUAUAGGGGUAAAUACUCACUUUCAGACAAAUAUUCCAAAACUGGACCCUCUCAAGAAUUAGGAAUAUCACACGGUGACGAUACAAUGUACGUUAUAAAAACCCAAUACGGAGAUCCACACGACAACGUUGAAGACGCCAAAUUAAUUCCCGUUAUGGUGAAUAUAUGGUCGUCAUUCGCUAAGACCGGAAUUCCGGAUAUAGGAAACUCUAUAGUAUGGUCACCAGUGUCAAAAAAUCCUACAGAUCCAUUAAAAUUAAUUAAGAUCACGCAGAACCAAACAUUUGAACCACAAGAGUACGCAAAUCCCGGGAACUAUACAUUCUGGAGCACGUUGCCGCUAACCGAGUUUCCAGCCGUUAAUCUGCCAGAAAACAUAAACCACACCGAAUUAUAAGACAAUAGGAACAAAAUAUUUUCUAAAAGUAACAUAUUAUAUGAUUUUACAGCUUUUAUAUUUUGUAAUUAUAGAUUCGUUUUACGUAUUUGCGUACCUCACUGAAAAUUAAGUAGGUACUAUAUACAUUAUUGUUAUUUUUUUCAAAUAGAAAAAUAAGUCAAUAUAAAAAAAUAAACUAUUUAUAUUUGUGUGUUAAAUUAAAUUUAUAGGAACUCAAAACAA